CACGGGUGUGAGCACUCCGGCCUGCAGUACAUAUAUGUUCGUUGCUCACAGCCUCAACCCACAGUUCUAGUACCGAUCCACAGGAAGCUACUCUUAAGCCUUAACCCAUGGAGAGAUCAUCUUCCCCUUCAAAGGUUCUCCUCGUCUUCCUCCUGCAGUUCCUCCUGCUCUCUGAACCUCUGGAAGCAAGGAUACUAGGUGAUGCAUACGACCACAAGAACCUGCUCGCGUCGGGUGUCGAUGGAGAUGCCGCACUGCUGCCCGCAUCACACCUGAACCUCGCCGAUGUUGCAGGGGACAGGCGUCCCAAGUAUACGCCGCCUUCUCCGGUGCGACCUCCGUCGCCGCACCAUCUCCACGGAGAUGGCGCGCAUGAGCAGCAAAGGUCUCCGCCGGCGUCGUCCUCGACUGAACCUGCACCACUGCGUGAUUACAGUCGCCAGCAGGCUGAAGCUGCAGGGCACCCACCCAUGAUGGAUGUAUCGCGCGCGUUUCUCCAAACGAUCAUGGGAUAUGUGACGAAAAUGUAAACCACGCCCGCAUAUGGCCCUUUUUU